GGGAGAUUGCGAAGAGUCGCAAUCUUGCUUCAGAGAAAGUCAAGGUCGAAAAAGUCCAGGAUGGUGAGGAACAGAACUUGAGGUACAACAACACCUUGUACAACAAGGCCUUACACCAGGCUGCCACAGCAGCUGUUGCAGUGCUGCGGGGUCCAUCCGGUCCCGUGGAGAAGGCUGCCCGGAGAUUGGAGCUGGAAUUUGGGCGGGGCAUCUUGAGCAGUCAGUACUCGAAGUUGAGCAAGCUGUUAUCGCUGACCAACAAGCUCGCAUCUGCUACCAGAAACGCUGUAGACCUGACGGCCUGGAUGAUCGACUCCUUGACGCUGGCCCUGCGCAUGAACAUGGUCACGCCAGCUAAAUGCACCGAGAAGUUUCUGGAUCGAGACCGGAAGACAGGCGAUGCUGGCUUUUGGUUGUCGCGCAUGCUGGUGGUGCAGGUCUUCGAUUAUGCAGCAAAGCUGGCGAACAAGUUGCCUGAGCCGGACAAGGUUAAGCUGACAGGGAUUUUGGCUGAACUCCGUUGCCCUUCCACAUGUUGGGAGAAAUAUCUCUGCCAUGCUGAUGCUGAUCAAGGGGCUGCUGGAGAGGACGACAUGGACGGCGAGGACCCAGAGGACGUGGAGCGCCCUGUUCCGCAGUCCAAGAUUGGAGCUGUUAAAGAGGGUUUCAACAAAGCCAUUGGCAUGCUUUUGGAUUUGCUGCUGGAGCUGAUGUCGGGGAAGUACUACAAGGAUUGCUGCAUGCUGGCUUCGAGUGAAGAUGGCCUUGCAAAGGCAUUGACAGCUGCACAGCUUGGAAGCUCGGAUGACACGGAGCACGAGGAGCCAUGUGCGCUUAUCACUCAGAUGAAGAUCAUUGUCGACAAGUUCGACAACAGCACGAAGUCCGUUGGUGCCACAUCUGCGGCUCCUGCUCCGAGUUUGCUCCAAAGCCUGGCCAAGGCUUCUGAAGCUGACACACCCGAGGAAUGUGUCGAGCGUGAGCGGCAGUGGAAGGCGGUGCAAACGGAACGCCGCAAGUUCGUGUCGUUCUCGGUACCGAACAAGAUCUCGAAGGACUGCCUAGUCAAUGCGUUCAGAGGUUGCGGCAAGGUCUUCACGCACAAGGGCACCUUAAACUCUUCGCACCGCCUGAUCGUUGCCAGUGCGGAUCUCUUGGCAGAGGCUGGUACCGACCCGUGGCUCAAGGGCACUCCGCCAAGCGAGGAAUGGAAAGAGAUCUGUGCCUUUGCCAAAGACAUUUCUGGGCCCGAGGAUUUCGUUGUACUCUUCGACGGCAGAAUGCGGGAAAUUCGCCGCGUGUCCGAGUCUUGGCGGGGUGAUGUGACAAGGUGGGUGCCCGCCGAGAACUGGUCGCACUCGCCGCGUUCCGCUGGCUGCAAAGAAGGUGGAGACAGGCUCCUUCACAGUCUCCCGGUCGCACGCACCAAGAUUCAGACGACGAAGAAAGGCUCCUUCACAGUCUGCGGCGAGGCUUCUACGUACCAAGGCACUUACUCAGGCGUGGAGUACCGUGCGGUUUCUGAAAUGCCCCUCGUGUCUGCAGACACCAAGAAGAAGAUCAUUGCUCCGGCAACAACCGGCGACCUCCCGACACCGCCAGAGGACUGGCAGGAUCGCCACGGCUCCGACGUACCCUUGUUCUGGAACGAGUCGAAGCCGAUAGCAUAUUGGAAUGCCAUCAUUGAGGAGUUUUGCGCGGAGGCAGUGUUUGACCUCACGGCUGGCACCGGUGCUCUGAUGGAGGCUUCUUUGACUGCCGGCAUCGCAUACCACGGGCUUUGCAGCCUCAACAAGGAGCACAUGUCGUGGGUCCAGGCGGUUGCUGAUCGCGCAGCUUGCGGAAUGAUGGCUUUGGAGGGAUCCACUCUUUACUCGGACGAGAAUGCCAAGGCGGUGAAGAAGCAUUUCCCGCACGUUCUGGAGAGCUUGUCCAACCAAGACGACCAGGACGAGGCCUACCAGACGCCUCUGGGGCAAAACCAGUCUCAAGACGGCUUCUCGUCGGAUGCCCCGGGGAGCUUGCGGAAGCAGGCUGUGAAAGACGGCUUGGUCCCCAAGGCUCGAAGGGCCUUCGUCAUCUGGUUCCAGGAAAACUCCGAAGUCAAGAAAGGCGCUCCCAAGCACGAGUUUCUCAAUGAGAUGAAGCAUCUUGGCGCAGUCUGGCAGGGCAUGACCGACAAGCAGAAGGCACCAUUCAUGGCGAGGAGCAAAGAUGAGUUCAUGGCUCAGCGAAGUGCACUGGCCGUUCUUGGCAUCAGGAUGCGGGGCUCCACGACCAGUGCGGGCGGCCCCGACGAGGCGAAGGACCCCCCUGCCGCUGACGAAUCUGGCGGUCGCGUUGGCCCAUUUGAGCUUAAUGGUGCAAGGGCUCCAAUUGGAGGCGGAGCCUAUGGCAGUGUCUACAGUUGCCAGCAUCCGCAAAGCGGCCUUAACGUGGCGGUGAAGGUUUAUCGUGGCUCCGAUGGCCCCGCGGAUUGCAGGCACGAAGUGGAGCAGAUGAAGCUUCUAAUGAAGGCCGUUCCGCAGCAGAAGAUGAUGUGGUUCCCGCUUCUUGUCAGCUCGGGUGUCACGGGCAGACCUUGGCCAUGGAUGGCUACUAGCCUAUGUGGGCCCAGCCUGGCAACCGCACUUCGAAAUCCUGCGGCGCAUGGCAAGCCGAGGACGUGGUCUGUGGCAGCUCAGCUGAGAAGUGCACUGCAGACCUUGCAUGACGCAGGCAUCCUACACUUGGAUGUGAAACCUGGCAAUGUUCUUUGGUGCCCUUGCACAGAUCAGGUGCAGGUGUGCGACUUCGGCAUGAGUGAGAACAUGGCACGGCUCCAGAAGGCUUCUCAGGCUCCCAGGUUCCUGCAGUAUGUCACGGCUGCCUAUCGACCUCCGGAGCUGUGGCCCGCUCGUGUGAAUGGCGAUGGAGACUGCGGUGUCAGAAAGCAGCUGCUGACUGCAGCUGUGGAUAUGUGGGCCUAUGCUUGCGUGGUGUUUGAGGUGGAGACCGGGAAUCCCUUCAUGCCCAAGGGGGAGGCCGGACUGAGAGCGUGGUGCAAGCAGUGGCCCGAGCUGUGGAAAACACGCAGCGACUUAGCCAAUUGCCCCGCUGCAAGUCACACGUGCUGCACAAAGGUGCUUCGAGCCGGUAAAUGGGGGCUGUUUGUGUUGGUCGGCUGUGCUCCAGACCCCGGAAAGCGGCGGUGGCCGGAGCUCUGUCUGAAUCAGAAAUGA